UUAUCGAAAUGACUUCGACCGGUGUGUGUCUACAUUAAUUCUGAAAGCCAUCAUGUUUUGUGCUUGCUUGUUGUUUUUCAAUAUUUUCUUGGUAAUCGGAGUUUCCAGUCAGGAUGAAUUCAUUAGAAAAACAAAGAGUGAAUUCACUCACUUUGAAAGCCACUUCCGCAGCCAAGAACAAAUAGGGACGAGCUUUAUGGAAUCAUCUCCUGGGAAUGACGAACCAGAACUUUGCAGAGAACUGCCGAAUCGACCAACCAAUGGACAGAUCAGCUGCUCUAGAUCAGCGAAGUGUUUUGCGACCUGUAAUAAUUAUCAUCAAUUUCCAAAUGGAGCUGAGACGUUGCUCAUUACGUGUCAGGAUGGCAAGUGGAAAAUACCGGACACGGACGGGUCUAUUGUUCCUGAUUGUCAACCAUUUUGUCUUCCCGCAUGUUUAAACAAUGGCAUUUGCAUCGGUCCUAAUCAAUGCGAGUGUCCGGAGAAUUUCUCGGGACCUCAAUGCCAAUUUGAGACUAGACCCUGUUUGAAUCUUCCACCGGCUGUCCAAAAUUCUAGACGACGAUGCAACGAACAAACAUGUACGGUAUCUUGCAUGGAUGGUUUCACCUUCCCAGAUGGUUCAUCAGUCUCAAACAUAAACUGCCGAGAAGGAAACUGGGUGCCAUCUAGAUCCGACUGGCCCUCAAUUCCGGAUUGUAUUCCCGUAUGCUCUCCCCCUUGUAAAAACGGUGGUAUCUGCUUAGCCCUGAACACCUGUCAAUGCCCCCAAGACUUCCGGGGUGAGAGCUGCCAGUUUCACGUCGAUCACUGCAACAUUGGAAAACUGGGGUUCAACGGUGGAUACCAGUGUCACGGAGACACAUACUCCUACUCAUGUACCCUCAAUUGUCCAGAAGGUAUUGAAUUCUCAUCUCCACCAGCUGCUGAGUACAUCUGCAAAUACGAUACUGGGGUAUUUGAGCCACAACCCGUUCCUCAGUGCCAAACCAAACCUGGAAGUGAGAUUAUUACAAUAGGAUCUUCAAAGAACUCUUACGUAAAAACUACUAAUCACUUCUGGCGACUGGAGAGAUCACAGUCUAGGAUGAUGUGGGGAGAAGACGUGAUAAGUGGUUUCAAGAAACUUGGACAAGGAAAAAUUAAAGGUGAAGUUAAAAGUGGAGCUGUCAAAGGUGGGCAUUAUGAAGUCCAUCAGGAUCCUGAGGAUACAGUCCCAGACAUCUAUCAACCAUUCGCGAAUUCUUCCUCCGAAGUGGAUGUGAAGAGACCAGAAGCAAAAACAUGUUUCACCUGGGGUGGGAGUCACUACAAAACCUUCGACGGUGCAAUCUACAGCUUCUCGAGUAACUGCCCUUACAUCCUCCUUCAAGACAGUCAGGAUGGAAUUGUCACUGUAAUUAUUCAAAACAGUUUAGGAUGUCAUAAUGGAGGAGCUUGUCACAAAAUUAUCAAAAUCUUUCUCGAAGGCAAGGAAUUCAUGAUAACUCUGAACGAAUUCGGAAACCCAAUGUUCAGAACUGUCAAGAAACUCUUGCCAAUCCCGGCACAAUUGACAGGAAUAAGAGUUCAAAUGUCCGCCCACUUUGUCAUAAUCUCUUUAGAUUCUGUAGGUGCUAGCAUAAAAUGGGACGGUGGAUUAUUCGUCCAAGUCAAAGCAUCUGAAUCAUUGUGGGAUAGAACUGCUGGACUAUGUGGAAGAAUGAAUGGAGAUGCCCGAGAUGAUAGAACUGGUCGAGAUAGAAAUCAUCACAUGACAGUUGCUGCAUUCACCGCUGAUUGGAAGGCCGACAAUAUUGGAGAGAUGUGUGAUGAUUAUGAGCAUAAUGAGCAUUCUUGUGGGAAUGAUUUGAUUCUCCGAGGAGAGGCUGAGAUAUUCUGUGAGAAAUUAUUUUCAGAUACGAAAUUCCAAGACUGCUCUAAGAUCGUUGACUUGGGAUCGUUGAAGGCGACUUGUCUCUGGGAUUUUUGCGGCUGCAAAAAUGCUGAUAGAAGCAGCUGCGCCUGUGACACGAUGAGUGUAUAUGUUAGGCAAUGCUAUCACGAUGGAAUUAUCAAGUCAGUUGUUUGGAGGAAGGAAGAGAUUUGUCCAAUGCGUUGUGGUGACGGCAAGAUCUAUAAAUCAUGUGGACCUCAGUAUCAGUCGUCUUGCAAUGACGAUGCUGCCUCAAAAGGGAAUGUCGAUGAACUUGAAUGCGAGGAAGGAUGCUUCUGUCCUGAAGGGACUGUUCUUCACGAGGGCAACUGCAUUUCUGUGGAGGAGUGUCCUUGCAGAUUACGAGGUAAAGUCUUCCAACCUGGGGCAGUCAUCCCCAAACAGUGCAAUACCUGCACCUGUGUCGCUGGUAAAUGGACCUGUACUCAAGUAGCAUGCGAGGCAAGAUGCGCUGCAGUAGGAGAUCCUCAUUAUGUGACCUUUGAUGGAAAACAUUAUGAUUUCAUGGGAAAGUGCGGUUAUUACUUGGUAAAGGGUGACAAUUACAGCAUUGAAACGGAGAAUGUUGCCUGCUCCGGAGCAAUAUCUGAGGCCAUGGGCUUCUCUCGAGAAAAUUCGUCCGAGCUUCCAUCGUGUACCAAAUCCGUCACCAUUCGUCUAUCCACUGCGGUAAUCUCUCUUCAACAGAAUCGCAGAAUUACCAUCGAUGACAAAGAUGUACCCAAACUUCCUAUUUCCACUUCUGGUGUAAAGAUCAGGAUGGCCAGCAGCAUCUUUGUAGUUGCAGAACUGGCGAACGGUCUGGAGAUAUGGUGGGACGGUGUAUCCCGAGUCUAUGUGAAUGCCCCACCAGAAUUUCAAGGAAAGACAAAGGGUCUUUGCGGAACCUUCACUGGAAAUCAGCGGAACGACUUCUUAACUCCUUUUGGAGAUGUAGAGCAAUCCGUCGUUGACUUUGCGAAUAAGUGGAAGGUAACGGAACAGUGUGAGGAUAUUCCUCAGAAGGACUUCUCUCAUCCCUGCGAUGCGAAUCCAGAGCGUCUAGCAACGGCUGAGAAGCACUGCUCAAGGAUUUGGAGUGAUCUAUUUGCAUCUUGUCACUGGCACGUGGAUCCAGACACUUUUUACAAGGACUGCAAAUACGACAUGUGCGCCUGCGAGGACACAAUCACUCAUUGCCUCUGUCCAACACUUGCAGCUUAUGCAAAAGAGUGUGCAGCAAAUGAUGUAAAGAUUCUCUGGCGAAUGGAAGUUGAGGAAUGCCAGUUGCACUGUCCACCAGACCAGGAGUACCAGAUAUGUGGCAACAGCUGCACACGAUCCUGCAGCGAUAUCUCCUUCAACGAGGGCUGUCGUCAAGAAUGCGUUGAGGGGUGCAAUUGUCCUGAGGGACAAACUAUCAAUGCAUAUGGUGAGUGCAUUCCCAUUGGCCAGUGUCCGUGCACCUUCAAUGGAAUGGAAUUCAAAGCCGGCCACAAGGAGAUCCGACCUGGAAGGACGAGUCAAGAUCUGUGCACCUGCUUCGGAGGUUUGUGGAACUGCAAAUCCGCAACUAAAGAAGAGAUUGAAGAGUUUCCUCCAAUAACCUUGAACAACGUAUGCAGUGCGACGAAGAAUCAAGUGGCAACCACUUGUGAACCUGUGGAGCCUAGAACUUGUAGAAAUAUGCACGAACCUGUGAAUCAGAGUCCUACCAUCUGUCUUCCUGGAUGUAUCUGCAAGGAUGGAUAUGUUCUUGAUUCGGUGACCAAUGAAUGCGUCAUGAUGGAAAACUGUCCGUGUUAUCAUGGAGGUCGAAGCUACAAAGAUAAUUCAACGAUGCAGGAGGAAUGCAAUACUUGUAGAUGUGAAAGAGGAAAUUGGAAGUGCUCCGAGAGAAUUUGUUCUGGAGUUUGUUCAGCCUGGGGUGACUCUCAUUACAAAACAUUUGACGAUAGAACAUACGAUUUCCAGGGAAUUUGUGAUUACGUACUUGUGAAAUCGAGUUUAGGUGGGGACGAUUGUUUCGAGAUUUCCACACAAAAUGUUCCCUGUGGAACUUCUGGCGUUGCCUGUUCAAAAUCAGUGACACUGACGGUUGGCAAUGGAAAUAAACAGGAGAAGAUUAUUUUGACCAGAGGAAACGCUCUACCCAGUGGAAAUUUCCAGAGAAUCGUAACGAGAGAAGCUGGACAAUUUGUAUUCUUAAACGUACCUGAUUUAGGAUUGACUCUCCAAUGGGAUAAAGGAACACGAAUCUACGUGAAGCUAGAGCCCAAGUGGAAGACGAAGACUAGAGGUCUUUGUGGAGACUACAACGACAACAGUGAGGAUGAUUUCAAGACUCCGUCCGGUGGAAUCUCGGAAGCCUCUCCAAGGAUCUUUGGAGACUCUUGGAAGAAAGAUAACUACUGUCCGGAGCCAAAGGAUAUCAGUGAUACCUGUACCCUGCAUCCAGAGAGAAAAACCUGGGCGAUUGAUAAAUGCGGAGUUCUCAAGAGCUCUUUAUUUCAGUCCUGUCACUCUGAAGUCGAUAUCGAGCCCUACAUCGAACGCUGUAUCUUCGAUACAUGUGGUUGCAAUGGCGGAGGCGAUUGUGAAUGUCUCUGCACAUCCCUCGCAGCUUAUGCUCAUGAAUGUAAUCGUAGGGGAGUUCCAGUGAAAUGGAGAUCUCAAGAACUCUGUCCCAUGCAGUGUGACGAGAAGUGCAGUAGUUACUCCCCUUGCAUCUCCACAUGUCAAACGGAGACCUGCGAUCACCUGUCCCAUCUUCGAGAUGGAUCUCGUUUAUGUGUCGCGGAUACCUGCAUUGAAGGAUGUCUGAUGAAGUCGUGCCCUGAUGGACAGGUCUGGAGGAAUAGCAGUUUCCAUGAUUGUGUUCCUCGGUCUGACUGCAAACCCAUUUGUCUGGAGAGAAACAACAGUGUUUAUUACGAGGGUGAUAUCAUCAGCAGUGACUCUUGUCAGACCUGCUUCUGCAGUAGAGGUAAAGUAAUUUGUAAUGGCGCACCUUGUACUACAGUGGAACCCACCACAAUUCCUAUGAUCCAACCUGGAAAAUGUGUCAGUGGAUGGACAAAUUGGUUGAAUAGACAUUCUCCAAAAAGAGUACCGAUUGAGAAAAGUCCGAUAAAACAUAUGGUAAAAGGUCGAAUUAAAGGAUCUGAGACAUCAAUGGAUAUUGAACCACUUCCAUCAAUGAUUGAGCUAUUUACAUUGAAAAACUCGUCACGCUGUGAGCGGAGUUUUAUGGUCGAUAUCAGAUGUAGAACCGUUGAUGAACAUCUAACACCUAAAGAUACUGGCCUCGACGUGGAGUGCAGUCUUGAACGAGGACUCUAUUGCACAGCUGAAAGGAAUGAAAUCUGUCCGGACUUCGAGAUUAGUAUUCUUUGUCGAUGCGAUGAUGAUACUACUGAGUCAUCAACAACAACAACGACUUCCGAACCAGUAACGAAUGAUCCUAGAGAUGAGUGUAAGCUAGACACUACUACAUUCUCACUUCAAGACUGCUCAGUAUUCUACGAAUGCAUGCCGACUCCAAAUGGUAAUAAAUUGGUAAAGAAGACGUGUGGAUCAACAAUGUACUACAAUACACAAUCAAAAACGUGUGAUUGGCCUCAGACUGUUGCGUUAUUCCGUCCCGAAUGCAGAUCAAUAACUACAACAGAAUCUCCCAAUCCUUGUAAACCAGGAGAGGAAUUCAAAGUAUGUGCCAUUGAUUGUCGCCAAACAUGUGACAUGUUCCAUCAUCUUUUAAUUGAUGAAAGACUCUGUGGUAAUGGCUCUGAGUGCAUUGCUGGAUGUGUUGAAGAAGGAAAAACCUGUUCUUCAGAUAAAGUUUGGAGAGAUGCUGUGACUUGUGUUGAACCCCAAGAUUGUCCUUGCAGAUCUCACAAUGGAAGUUCCAUCAAGCCAGGAGUUGUGGUUCAGGAAUCGCAAUGUGAAGUCUGCCAGUGUGUCAAUAAUUACUACAGCUGUGAUUCAUCGAUUUGUGCUACUGAAAUUGUAACACAGGUGACACCAACUCAGAGUUCGUCUCGUCCUCUGAUUGAAGAAUCCACGACUAUUGUGCCAGAUACUGCAACACCUCCUGAGCCUUGCGCUAGUGGAAAGUACAAAAAUCUAUUAGGAAAUAUCAUUGUCGAUUCUACGAAUGAUUUACCAGCGAAGUCAUCGAUUGAAGGGACAAUCAAACCAUUAUCUCUUGAUGAAUAUUGGGAACCAUCACUUCAAGACGAUGAACAAUUCCUCGAUAUUAAACUGACACAGACAGAGCUAAUCUAUGGACUUACAGUUCAAGGAAAUCCUGAUAAGGAUCGAUAUGUAACGAGUUAUGAGGUUCUGUUCUCCAAGGAUGGUCGUACGUUCUCAUACCUUUCAGAUCAGUUCAAAGGACCGAUUGACGCUUUCGUACCAGUCACCCAAAUGUUCCGUCAGCCUAUUGAAGCCAAGUUCAUCCGAAUUAAUCCCCAAUCUUGGGAGGGAGGAAUAUCAAUGAGAGUCGGUGUCUUGGGAUGUCAAGACAUGACUGAAGCUACAACGAUGAUUCCCACAGCGACUCCAGUCUACGAAGUAACAAGUCCCGAGCCGAUGUGCGAUGAUCCAAUGGGACUUGACAAUGGAAUUAUGAUAGAAGAACAAGUCACUGCGUCUUCGUAUCUAGAUUCCCUGAUUCCAAGUCUCAGUUUGUCCUCCCCUGGCAUCUGGAGACCACAAUUGGACAAUCCCCAUCAAUUCAUCGAAUUCAAUUUCCGUGAGAAUCGAAAUUUAACUGGAGUGGAGACUAAAGGAGCUGAUGAUAUCUGGACAACUGCAUAUAAAGUCUCUUAUGGUACGAAUUCACGGGAGUGGAAUCCAAUUGUUGAUGAUAAAGGCGAAGAGAAGGUGUUCUUGGGUAAUUUCGAUGAUGUGACGUCCAAGACGAAUUACUUUGAGUAUCCCAUUAACGCUCAGUACUUGAAGAUUCAACCUGUCAAGUGGCACAAUCACGUGGGUAUGAAGGUAGAAGUCCAUGGAUGCUACGUGCCGUACCCCAUUCCAACAACAUCUCUUCCAAAAAUCGUUGAAAAUCCUUGUAAUGUGUGUCGAGGAGUUCUCGAAGACUCUAGAGACUGCAAAUGUGAAAAACCGUUCUUUUGGGAUGGAGUCAGUUGUGUCGAGAAGAAAUACUGCCCCUGCAUGAUCAAAGGAAUUCCUUACAGAGUGGGUUCGAUAUACGAGACAGAUGAAUGUGAUAAAUGUACAUGCACUUUGGGAGGAAUUCCAGAGUGCAGGAAGAAGUCUUGCGAGUCGUGCGAGGAUCCAACGAUGAAGACUUACGUUACCGAAUUAUGUGGAUGCAUCUGUAAACCUUGUCCAGAGGGCCAGAGACUCUGUAGGACAAGCAAUAUCUGUAUCGAUGAGUCGCUCUGGUGCAAUGGAGUGAAGGAUUGCUCUGACGACGAAACAGGAUGUACCACUCAAAGACCAGAUGUGCUUGAAGUGAUUUCUAAUAAAACGGUCACCACAACGAAUACCACUGCAGAGAAAAACGUAACGGCUGUAACAACAUGUGAAGUUCCUACAUGUCCACCGAAAUUUACAUUAGUCCCGGUGAAGGGGUCUUCUAAAAAGGGCAGACCCACUAGACCACCGCCACCAUUUUUUGGUGGUAAUAAGAGAAAACAAUUUCAAGUGAGAGGAUUUGCUCCACUGAAAGGAUUUGCUCCAGUGAAAGGAGUCAAGACGUACCCCCGAGUGGCUAAACAACCGAGGAUAAAUGAUUUGAAUAUUCAGGAAGCUGAAGACUGUAAAGAGUACUCGUGUGUGCCCAAGGUGUUUCCAACACAUCCUGGUGGAAAAACUCGUGAGGAUUGUCCCAAGCCGGAGUGUCCACCAAAUCAUCGGAUGGUAUUCGAACCCCAGAGUAUGUAUAAUCCUCAGCCAUGUCCGAGGUGGAGAUGUCAGCCUCCUCGUCAGCCUGAUGUUGUUUGUCAUGUUGAUGGCAAGAUGUUCACGACAUUCGAUAAGUUAGAGUACAAGUACGAUAUUUGCAAUCACAUUCUAGCUAGAGAUAUGUACUUCAAUAAAUGGUAUAUAACUCUGGAGAAUCACUGCGAUGUACCGAAGAAACCGUGCACCAAAGUUGUAGCUAUUGUCCUAGAUGAUGAUGUCAUUGUACUCUAUCCGAACAGAUCAGUGGAGAUCAAUGAAUACACUUUCACUUCUCACCAGAUAAAGCAUUAUCAGGACAUCAAAGGGAAAUUCAGAGUGUUCUUAGUGGGGAAUAAGAUCAAUUUUUCAUCGCAGAAGUACCGAUUCUUUGUGGUUUUCAAUGAAGACUCGGUAUGUAUUGGAGUCAAUCCAAGAUUGAAAGGUCGUAUUGAUGGCCUCUGUGGAUACUUCGAUGGGAACAUGAAAAAUGAUAAGCAGACGCCUGAUGGAAUCCAAGCGAAGACUACUGACGUCUUUGGAGACAGCUGGGUGAUGGAUGGAACUCCAGAAUGUGAUACUCAAGGUUGUUCCAAGGAAAUGUACGCCCAAGCCAAAGAAAUCUGCAGUACGAUUCACGAUAAAUCAUUCCAAUCAUGUCUAAAUGUUCUCAACGUAAAGAACUUGAUUGCCAAAUGCGUUGAGUCCACGUGCAUGUGCAUCAACUCGAAUAGUACAACAGAAGAAUGCAGAUGUCGCUCAUUGACUGCUUUCACCACUGACUGCCAAGCAGCAGAAGAGAGUAUCGAUUUAUCCAGCUGGAGAGAUAUUUAUAAUUGCCCAAUGCAUUGCCCAGCUCCACUUAUCUACAAAGAUUGUUUCAGGAAUGAGUGCGAAGAGAGCUGUGACAAUCUUCAGGAGAUCGAGCCUUGUCCCUAUAUACCGAAGGUAUGCUUCCCCGGAUGUUUCUGUCCGGAUGGACUUGUCAGACAUGGUGAAGAGUGUAUAGCACCCACGGAAUGUCGUGACUGUGCGUGCGACGGCUUUGGGAAUACAAAUUUCAUGACUUUCGAUAGAAGGAACUUUACGUUCGCUGGGAAUUGUACCUACAUCUUGUCCCAAGACAUCAUUAAUCCGAAUGUGGAGGGUGUUAAAACUGGCUCACAACAGCAACCUGAACAACAUACAUAUCAGAUAUUGAUGACGAAUGUGGCUUGUGAACGAGGAAUCUGCACUGAAACAUUGACAGUCAUCUACAAAGGCCAUUUUCUGGAAGCUAAACAAAAUAAAAACCAUGAAGAACCUCUGGUCACACUGGAUGGCACACCGAUUGAUAAACUACCAGUGAAAAAUUCUUGGAUGAAUAUCGAAAGAGUUUCACAAAAAGAUAUAAAAAUUCUCAUCUUCUCCAUAAAAUUAGAAAUUACGAUUUACGAACACAAUUUCGCGUUCAAUAUUCGAUUGCCUUCUCACAUAUUUGGUGAAGCCGUUGAGGGUUUGUGUGGAAAUUGCAAUGCAGAUGCUGACGAUGAUUUCAAAAUGAAGAAUGGAGAAAUGACAGAGAAUGUAGAUGACUUUGGAAUGAGCUGGUUAGCCACAGGAUUACCAACGGUACGAAUCCUGGAUGAGACGACAUGCUUGAGUCAACCACCAAAGCCGUGCCUACCACCACCAGCCCCAGAGGACAUCUGCAUGACAUUAUUGAAUCGAGAAAUAUUUGGUCAGUGUCAUAAACUCAUUGAUCCUAUGCCUUACCUGGAUUCUUGUCACAAUACUCUUUGUGAAAAUGGUGAGACUUGUGGGGAUUUUGAAAGAUAUGCUGGAGCUUGCAGAGAGGCUGGCUUCUGCACCGACUGGAGGACAUCCAAUAUCUGUCCUUUCACAUGCAAAGAAGAUUUAGUAUACCGAGCAUGUGAAUCAAGUUGUUUCGAAACUUGUGAUACCCUCAGUGCCAUCGAGAAACAGGCAUGCUCAUACACUCUGACUGAAGGAUGUUUCUGUCCUGAAGAUCAUGUAUGGCACAAUGGCACCUGCAUGGCCACGAAAAAUUGCUUCACCUGUGACGAUCAAGGUCACGUAGACGGAGAUAUUUGGCAUCCAGACAAAUGCACAACUUGUUCUUGUGAUGGGAAGAAUCUCAAAUGCAAGACUACAGAGUGUCCGUCGAUUGAAACAAUUUGUGAAGAGAAUUAUACACCAAUUUUAGUGGAAACCUCUGCAGAUGAAUGUUGUAACAAAUACAGAUGUGCACCUGUUCCAACUGUUCCACCGACUUGUCUAGAACCCCAAACCUUGGAAUGUGCUUAUGGACAGAUUAUGAAGCUAACUAAGGGCCCUGAUGGUUGUUCCAAGUUCAUUUGCGAGUGCCUACCUCCGGAGGACUGUCCCCUGAUUGAUAAUGAAACAACGGCUGAUGCUGAAACACUGCAACCUGGGUAUAUUUGGUCUAUCAAUACUUCUGGUUGUUGUCCCAGGAAAGAAAGCUACUGUAGCCCAGAAACAUGCCCAUCAGAAAAUUGUCCAGAAUAUUACACUGUCAAGAGUAAAAACUAUUCAGAUGCAUGCUGUCCUACUUACGAAUGUCUUCCUCCGGAUGAUCUUUGUCUUUACUCGAUGAUAUCUGACAAUGAUACAGAACUGGUGAACGAUGGGAACACGACUAUCAUCCCCAAGAAGAUCGGCGAGGUUUGGACUGAGGGUUUAUGCAGUGAAUGUACGUGUGAAUUCAAUCACGGAACUCCUCAGUCUCAUUGCACAACGAAAUCAUGUGACAAGCCCGAGACACAUCCCGAUCAUGACGAUUAUAUUCUGGCGCUGUUAGAAAUAGGUGAGUGUUGUCCGCAGUAUCAAAGAAUUGCUUGUAAGGCUGGUCAAAUGGUUUACGAAAUUGGAAGCACUUGGCAGCCUGAUGGGAAUGAUGCUUGUCACCUCGAGAAAUGUGAAAAUACAACAAAGGGAAUCCAGAAAACAAUAACAACGAGAGAAUGCAAAAAGGAAUGCGAUGAGGGGUAUGAAUAUAGAUCCCCUGCAGAUCCUGGGAAACAAUGCUGCGGUUCCUGUGUUCCUAUUGUUUGCAUCUUCGAAGGUACAUCUAAAAAUAUUAAUGAAGAAUGGCAGUCUGUUGAUUUUUGUACGAAUUACACCUGCAUCUUGGAGAACGGUAAAUUGAGAGUGAAGGAAUCAGUAACAUUUUGUGAGAACAUCAAUCCGACGGAGGAAGAGAAUUACGAAAUUCUAUGGCAACGAAUUCCAAAGGUGUGCUGUCCAAAGCCCACAAGAACUGCCUGCAAAGUAAAUGGAACUGUUCAUUAUCUUGGUGAGACUGUGAAGACACCUGACGAUGCUUGCCUCACAUUAACUUGCGCCGCAAGUAACGAACAGAUUCAAUUAGAGAAAUUCCGUCAGAGAUGCAACGAAACUUGCGAUCUUGGUUGGAAGUACAUGCCUCCAAAGACUGGAGAAUGUUGUGGGACGUGCAAACAAACUCACUGCGUUGAAAAUGGCAUUCUCCAUGAACCCGGGGCAUUCUGGAGUUCUCGAGACAUCUGUGCGAAGUUCGAAUGCAAAGAGACGGAAAAUGGUUUGAGGAUCAAGGAGAGUCAUCAAAGAUGCAACGAUAGCUGUACAUUUGGUUGGGAAUAUCGAACUCCUGUGGACGGUGAGUGCUGCGGAAGCUGCAAACAAGCUUAUUGCAUUGACAACGAAGUUCUGCACCAGCCGAAUAGCAUCUGGAAGUCUGAAGACAACUGCUGGACCUAUGAGUGCAAAGUCAAAGAUGAUCAAUUGAUGAUGGUUUCCAGUGCUCCAACGUGUCCAGAUAUUCAGAAUUGUGCUGAAGAGAAUAUUUACACGGAUGGAUGCUGCAAGAGGUGUAAGCCAACCAUCGAGAGUAAAGUGGAAUGUGCGGCGGAGGUUCUUGAGUCUCGUUUAACAGUUGGAAAGGUACAGGAAUAUGGACCUUAUGGGCUAUGCACGAAUAAAGCAGAAAUUGCUGAGUACACUGAGUGCCGGGGUGCUUGCGACACUGAGGUCAAAUUCAGUCGUCCUAACUGGUAUCAGCAGAGUCUUUGUCACUGUUGUCAACCGAAAGCCUUCAAGCAGAUCGUUGUGCAGUUGGAAUGUUCUGAUGGACGUACAGGAACUGUCAGAAUAUCCGUACCUACGGCGUGCUCCUGUGAAGCUUGUGGAUCAACUUCUCAGAUUCCUGUUAAAGGGAGAGUAAAGGGGGGCAAGCGUCCAACCAAGGGAUAAAUCCUAUCCGAUUAAUUUUGUUAUCAAAAGUACAAUGAAUACAGAGUUAAAUAUUCGAUAUAGGAAAGCCAUGUUAUUGUAGACAUGAACUUUAAUCUCAAUAAAUGAAGUUAAUAUUUUAA